AAUCGUCCCCCUGCCAGGGCGAGAGAUGUACGCGGCACAGGGAAAGGCCUUUCGAGUGUGGGAUGGGGAGAGGAAAGUCAAGGUUGGGGUCGUCGCUAGAUCCCUCCACGAGCUCAAGAGCAAAGGAAGACAACAUCUGAACCUGCCAGAAGAGGAAGACCUGAGCAUAGUUCUGGAGGAGGAUGGUACGGUGGUGGCCGAUAACGAGUUCUUCCAGUUCAUCCCAGACCAGACUGUCGUGCAGCUGCUCACAGAGGGACAGGAGUGGAGACCAGACGUACCAGACGAUGUAACACAGACAGACGGUACUGAUGAGACUGACACGGCCGGGCCUAUUGUAGACCUCUCCACAGACAACGAAGUCCGGCAGCUGUGCAGGAAGUUACGUCAGGACAUCGCAGCCAUCGUUUCCUUUACACCGUUUCAGCUGGAGCUCCUGUCUGAUGCUGAUGUUGAGGAGUUGACGUCUCAGCUUGAGCUGGAUAAGGGUUCGGUGGAGCAGCUGCAGGAGGCCUGUCAGCAGAGGGUUCUGGACAGGCGGAGAACGCAGGAGGCCAUGGAGCUGCUGCAGCUCCUCCGGGAGGCACCAGAAGCUGGAGGUAACGGCCAGGAUGUGACAGACGCCCCGAUCUCGGUUGUCGCCUCUGAAGGGACCACGAGUAACAACUCCACACAGCUGGUGGAACAGGUCAGAGCAGAGACCAGGAGAAGACAGCACCAGCACAAACGACAGAAGACAGCCAGAGAGGCUGCCGCGCAGAAUCUUUGAUACUUUACUUUAGUACAUAUACUAGCAGCACGUCGGCAGAACGUACUACACCUGUGUGAAACCUGUAAUGUAUUGUGCAUAGCACUUCGGCAGAGCAUCUCAUAUGACUUCGUAUUUGAGUAUAUAAGGUUAACAUCCCAUCAGUAGAUUCCGAAUGUUGUGUCGGAAAAAAUAUUGUCUGCAACAGGCAAAAUACUGAUGCAAUGU